CAACAACAACUCCCAUUUGUGAAGAAACGGAUGGAAUGGAUUCAAUAACAACAAUACCUUCAACUGAAAUUACAACAAAUGACAAGAAAGGAGAAAUUGAAAAUCUCCGACCUUCCUCUAAGACACCAUUUAAAAGUUCUGAAGAAAAACUGGUUAUAGAAUACGUGCCUACGAAGACAAGACCAAUAGCCAAUGUUGAACUGGUUUCUACUGAUAAUGUCAAGACUUAUACAGUGCAAUUCUUUAAUGCAGAUGGAACCGUGACAACAAAAAAGGUGAAAGUUGGCGAAAAAGCUACAAGUGUUGGAACUAAACCUGACGUAAGAAAAGUGAAUGUAAUAAUCACACCAGAUGACAAGGAAGAUUCUUACAAACCUGUACAACUACAAUUGAGUGUCCAUGCUUGUUUUGAAGUCAGUAAGUAG